UUUAACAUAACUAAUUCUUAUUACGAGCCGGCGCACCUCAGUGAUCUAGCUCUCCACUGCGCCCCGCAGUCCACCCCUAGACACUGUCACGGUAGGACGCUUGACGAAUUUUGCGCGAGUGCUGCGGUAACGUUUACGUAUUUUUAAUAAUAAUUACGUAUACGUAGGUGAUGAGAAAUUGUUCAAACCGGAAAAAUGGGCAACAAGGAUAAUAAAAAACGGAAGUUGUCAUCAUUUGCUCGUAAGAAGCAUUAUGAGAACUUAUCUGCAAAGAGAAAAAGGUUAUCAACGCUGGGUUCCUGUGGGAAUUCCGUCAAUGCAGGCGAUACUGGUAGCCAUCAAAAUGACGAAUCUCGAAAAACAUUUGCGACCAUGACCAACGUCGAAGUAAACAGCAACGAUUUGAUCCACGAACAUCAACCUUCAUCCGUUUGCAAUAACAUCAUGAACGUGGAUAAACCUGUAAUGGAAGAAGAGUUGCCUUAUAUCAUUGAACAGGAAUCGCCAGAACACCAGCUACAAAAAGUGAUUGGACGUAGAAUAAUUGAUGUUAAUUACUUUGUCCAACAACUUGCACUCAUAUCUGGACACGAUUCACUAUAUCAUUGUAAUAUGAGCAAUAUAGUUUUAGUCGGAGAGAUAAGAUCGGGACUUUUUUCCAGAUACAGACUUAGAUGUAACAUGUGCAAUAAAACAUUUUUGGUGAAUUCAGAAGAUCAAAACGCCGUUGACAAAGUUGAAGUGAAUUCAGCAGCUAUAGCAGGAAUCGUUGCGACUGGCAUAGGGUACUCUCAAUUUCAGGAAUUGAAUAACGCAUUAGAUAUUCCAGUUUUUACCGAUGCAUAUUACGCAAAGUUACAGGACAAACUGUUUGAACAGUGGGAAAAUACAGCUAUUGAAGUAAUGGAAGCAGCUGCAAAGAGAGAAAAAGAAGCUGCUAUUAUAGAAGGCCGAGUAAAAAAUGGCAUUCCUUUAGUAGACGUUCGUGCCGAUUGUUGUUGGUCUGCAAGAUCAUAUGGCGAUAACUACAAAGCACUCUCUGGAGCAGCAGUCAUAAUAGGAAGAAAGUUUGGAGAGGUUCUGUAUAUCGGAGUGAAAAACAAAUACUGUUUAGUGUGUGCAAGAGCAAAAAAAAAAGGAGUAGAGGCAAAAGAACAUGUUUGCUAUAAAAACUACGAUGGCUCAUCCUCGGGGAUGGAAUCUGAUAUAAUUCGUGAGGGUUUCGAACAGUCCCUUGAAAUGUAUGGAAUCAUCUAUGCCAGGUUAAUAGCAGACGGAGAUGCCUCAACUUACGCUAACAUUUUGAAAGCCAAUCCUUAUAGUAAUCAUGUGGUACAGAAAAUACAAUGUCGUAACCAUUUGUUACGAAAUAUGUGUAAAAAACUACGUGCUAUCACAAAAGACCUGAAAUAUAGUAAAGACCACAGGAAACAAUUGACGGACCAAAAAAUUAUGAGCAUGCGAAAGGUGGUAGUUUCAUCCAUAAAACACUACAAAGACAAAGAAGAUAAACUUGAGGCAACGCGUAACUUACACAGUGAUAUCUCAAACUCAGUGAUGCAUGCCUUUGGAGAUCAUACUCAUUGUAAAGAGUAUUUUUGUGACAAAAUUUGCACAAUACAGAGCUCAGGAGCUGAACAAAUAAAAAACACGCUAAUUUGGUUCCGAAUUAAAGUCAUACUGGGAUAUUUAGCCUCCAAUUCACAAAGCCUUAUUGAAGAUGAGACUACAAAUGCCGUUGAAAGUUACAACAGUUUGGUGGCAAAACUAGUUGGCGGGAAGCGAAUCAACUUUUCACAGCGGCGUUCGUAUCAAAGCAGAUGUGCAGCAGCUGUAGUGUCAUACAACACUGGAAAACCCAUCACCACACUGCAUAAAAAAAUGAUGGGGUUUAGUCCCAGGUCUCAUCAUAUAAAGCGAUUAGAAAGGAAUCGCGAUAAAUUGAGAAAAAAAAGAAGUCUGUUUCCCAGAAAAAAAAACCGAAGAGGCCAAAAUAUUAGAAGGUUCCAAAACGACUACGGUAAGAAUGCUUGUGCGCCAGAUAUGCCACCUGAGGAGCUACAGCUUGCCAAAGAAAAUUUUAUUAAAAACUUAGAAUCUCUUGUGGCAGACAGAGAAGCUGUGGAAAAAAAAACAGUUCUCCAACGCGAUAGCACUGAUUGGCUAGAAUUGAGAAAAAAUUUACUGACUGCUUCGAACUUUGGUAGAGUGAUUAAAAGAAGAAAAAGACCAGGGAAUUUAGUAAAAGACAUUUUAUACAAAGACAACAUUACACAUAUAACGUCUAUAGCACACGGAAUAAAGAAUGAGAAAAUUGCGUUACAGCAUCUGUCAGCACAAAAUAAUAUUGUUAUAGAACCCUGUGGACUAUUUGUGGAUAACAAGUAUCAUUUUCUUGGAGCUAGUCCCGAUGGACUUGUUGGGACCGAUGCAAUAGUGGAAGUCAAGUGUCCAAUAGCUCCGGGUAAAGUUGGAAUGGACGAAGCCAUCAAAAGAAACAAAAUUCAAAUUUACAAAUACAAUAAAAAAACAAAUCAAACUGUAAUAAAUAAAAAUAGCAAUUGGUUUUUCCAAGUUCAAGGCCAGCUUAUGAUUACUGGCCGUGAAAAAUGUAUUUUCGGCAUUUGGGGGGGUGAGAAGGAACCAAUGAGGGUCAUCGAAAUAGAGAAAGACGAAAAAUUUUGGAAGGAAAGAAUGGAACGAAAGUUAGUAGAGUUUUAUAUAAAUGAAAUGGUACCUGAGCUUGUAGACUCACGACAUAAAAGAGGCAUGCCUCUGAGAAGCAGUGAAAAUAAUGAUAAUUAAAAAAAUCUAACCCAGAACCAUGCAUAUGUCUUUUGUAGGUAUAACAGAUAUUGUAUUUUUGUGUAAUAUUGUGUAACAUUUUUUUAUGGCUUGUAACAAACAGUGACUGUUUAUUAAUUAUUCUGUAAUAUAAAUAAAGAACAAGACAAAAGUGGCUGUCUAUUCAUUAUCGACUGUACAUCUAUAUUACGAAACAAUAAAUAUUCCCAAAAUAUUGUGGUAUUCUAUAACGCAAAAGGUCACAGAAAAAAAUAUGCAGUACCUAGAAACUUGAUUGAUAGUAAAGUACAACAAUAAAAUAUUCAUGUAUGAAACCAAUAUGCUUCUGGCGCGUCACGACACGCCACGACACGUGUGUUUCCGACUUAACGCGUCGCGUCGGCGGCAACGGACGAGUACCCCGCAGUGGGCGGGGCUAGCCGUCCACCGCUUCCUC